CUUUGUUCUCGCCCGGGUUUGGGAUCCCUGGCAGUCAUGGCGCCGCCUGUGAGGUACUGUGUGCCUGGCGAACGUCUGUGCAACUUGGAAGAGGGUAGCCCAGGCAGCGGCACCUACACCCGGCAUGGCUACAUCUUUUCGUCGCUGGCCGGCUGCCUGACCAAGAGGAGCGAGAACGGCGCGGUAAAAGAGCUUCCUGUGGUAUCUGUGAUGAGAGAAACAGAGUCCCAGCUGCUGCCAGAUGUGGGAGCUAUUGUCACCUGUAAGGUCUCUAGCAUCAACUCACGUUUUGCUAAAGUCCACAUCUUAUAUGUAGGCUCUACGCCACUUAAGAACUCUUUUCGAGGAACUAUCCGCAAGGAAGAUGUCCGAGCGACUGAAAAAGACAAGGUUGAAAUUUAUAAGAGUUUCCGCCCAGGUGACAUAGUCUUGGCGAAAGUGAUAUCCCUAGGGGAUGCGCAGUCCAACUACCUGCUGACCACGGCUGAAAACGAGCUUGGGGUGGUGGUGGCCCACAGCGAGUCGGGUGUCCAGAUGGUUCCCAUCAGCUGGUGUGAGAUGCAGUGCCCGAAGACUCACACGAAAGAGUUCCGGAAAGUGGCCCGAGUACAGCCUGAGUUCUUGCAGACCUGAGAAGCCACACUUUGCCCCAGGGAGGGAAGGAGGCUAUUGCCAAGAGCACAUGCAAUAAAAAUUGUACCAAAGGGCCAGGGA